AUGGCGCCGUUCCGUGGAAGAGGAGCCUUCAGAGGCCGCGGCCGCGGCAGGGGCGGCGCGCGUGCAGCCCCCCGAGACCGCUUCACCAAAUCCCGAAUCGAGGACCCAGUGAGCGAUUCUGACAGCCCGGAUGUUGAAGAUGAGCCCAUGCAAUCCGACCCGGACGACGAUCUCUCAAGCGAUGACGAUGAGGAAGAUGACCAGCCUGCGACCGUUGCUCGUCCCUACUCCGCUCUGCUCCAAUCGCUCCAGCAGGACAUCCCGGAAGGCCCCAAAAAGAAGAGAAGAAAGCUCGACCAUCAGUCAGCUGCCACUUCCCCACCGGUCGAACUUGAGGGAGAGGCCGAACCCGAGGAUGAAGCAGACGAAGAUGAUGCCGCUGCACCUGAGGAUGCCGCAGAUGCUGACGACGACGACGAGGAAGACAUCUCGGAUCCGUUCGAGGCGCAUUUUGCACGUCCGGAGGAGAACGAACUGGCCGCGAAGCUCAAGGCCGUCUCCGAGAAACGCUGGGAAACGCGCAAGUCCCAGGUGCCCGGUCUUGGAAGGUGUGCGACUCUGACCCCUGGUGCCGCGGAGCCUCCAAAGAAAGCCGUGUCUUCUCCCGAGCACUUAAAGAUCAAGCGGAAGCUUGCUGCCAGAGCAAAGGAGCUCAUGCCCGAGUUCAACGACCUCCAGAAGGGACUGGCUGCGCCGCUAUUCGCUUACCAGGACAUCCUGUUUGGAGCUAGAACACCCCAGAACGCUGAGAGCCUUCGCCAAAUCACCUGCUUGCAUGCACUGAACCACAUCUUCAAGACAAGGGACAGGGUUCUGAAGAACAAUGCUCGUCUUGCGAAGGAGCAGGAUAGUGAAAGCCUUGAACUCAGGGAUCAGGGCUUCACAAGACCCAAGGUCCUGAUGUUGUUUGAGACGAGGCAAAAUUGUGCCAAAGCCGUCGAAACCAUCAUGCAGCUUUGUGAACCGGAGCAACAGGAGAACAAGAAGCGCUUCCUCGACAAUUUCUCGCACGACGAUGACAGAUUCGAGGAUAAGCCCGAGGAUUUCCGGGAACUCUUCGAAGGAAAUGAUGAUAAUGAGUACCGUAUCGGCUUGAAGUUCACGCGGAAAACUGUGAAGUUCUUCUCGGCAUUCUACAACUCCGACAUAAUCUUUGCCAGUCCUCUUGGUCUGCGCAGAGCCAUUGAGGCGGGCGGAAACAAAAAGAAGCAAGACUACGACUAUCUCUCCUCCAUUGAGGUAGUCAUUUUGGAUCAGACUGACGCUAUGCUGAUGCAAAAUUGGGAACACGUGGAGUACGUCAUGGAACAUUUGAAUCUCCAACCCAAGGACUCCCAUGGCUGCGACUUCAGCCGUGUUCGCCAAUGGUACCUCGAAAACCAGGCUGCUCAUUUGCGUCAAACCAUUGUUCUCUCCGCCUAUCUGCAGCCCGAACUCAACAGCCUCUUCAACAACCACAUGCGCAACGUCGCUGGCAAGGUCAAGUUCCAACCAGAAUACGAAGGCGCCAUUCUCGACAUCGGCCUGCAAAUCAAGCAGACCUUCUCGCGCUACGACUCGGUUUCACCAACAUCGGACCCGGACGACCGCUUCAAGUACUUCACCAGCGCCAUCAUCCCCGCAUUGACUCGACUUCCCAAGCCUUCAGAAGGUGGCCAAGGCGUCCUGAUCUUCAUCCCCUCGUACCUUGAUUUCGUGCGCGUGCGUAACUACUUCGCCACCUCCACCACCACACAGAACAUCUCCUUCGGCGCUGUCUCUGAAUAUACGGAACAAGCGGAUGUGCGUAGAGCACGUUCGCAUUUCUUGACCGGCCGUCACUCUGUGCUGCUGUACACCGGCCGUGCGCAUCACUUCCGUCGGUAUCUCAUCAAGGGCGUGAAGCGCGUCGUUAUGUAUGCGCUGCCGGAGAACCCCGUUUUUUACAAGGAGCUAGUGAGCGGCUUUCUGGGUAGCUCAAUUGCGGAGGGCAGGAUCGACCCAAGCGAGGCUAACGUGAGGGCGGUGUUUUCGAAGUGGGAUGGCUUGAGGCUGGAAAGGAUUGUGGGCACGAAGAGGGUUGCCGGCAUGCUGAGAGAGAAGAGUGGUGAUACCUUUGAUUUCAUCUAA